AUGGGCAACUGCUUGUGUGCACUUUUGAUGGGCUUCACAUCAGAGUUCGAACCUCCAAGUUACCAGGGCCCUUUCACAAAACCCACGGAGGGACAGAGUUUGAUGAGCUACCUGACCUCCCAGGAUUUCAACACCUGUGCUAACUUAGAGAAGGAAAAUGCCCAUUUUCGUAUCUGUGAAGCCCUGAUUGAAGCAUUUGAAUCCAUGAAGUUCACUCGAAUGAUGAAGAGACAGGAGACUGGCAGGUCAAAGUCCUCUUCAGAUUGCUCUUCUGAUGAAGAGAUUCGGGAACUGAGGCAGCGGAUUCGUAUCCGGAAGAGAGAGAAGAUGAUGGCAAAAGGGCGUCCCUUUCCCUCGUUAAGUGAUGACCAGACAGACACAGGUACCACCAGCCGGACUGCCUCAUCUCUAAUGUCGUCAACUGAUGAGUUUUCGUCUUUUUCAGGUGAGUCAGAAUCCGAUGAGGAAGGUGCAGACAGUAGAAACAUUGACCUCACCAUGUCAGCUGACAACCAGAACCUGACAGCUAUAAGGUCAAGCGGUCUAAAUUUAUCAAUGGCUUCACUGUACUCAGAUGCAGAACUUCUGCGUAGUAAUCAGCAGUUAGAGAAGAAUAGCUCGUAUGAUGAAUCAACGAAUCCAGGCUCAGCUGAGUCUAUAGCUAUAUCACUUCUGCGUAAGUUUUCAGAGAAACAUUUGCCAAAGGCUUCAGAGUUGACCUGGCUGGUUUCUGAAUGUGAUGCUCCUCAAAGGUUACUGCCGUUGCCUUCUUCCACACCAGUGUCUCCAGAUGAUGCAGAAAAUGCUAAUCUGUCAACAAACAGGACACGAUUGAGAGGCAAUUUGGAAUGGGCACCACCACGAGCACAGAUCAUUUUCACUGUACAUCCUCCUGAGAAGCGAGCAGUGCUCAUGAAUCGGCAAAAUUUCCUUUGUGCUGGCUGUGGUAUGAGAGUGGAUCCAGCUUUUAUGAAACGCUACAGGUAUUGUGAAUAUUUUGGGAAAUACUUCUGCCAGUGCUGCCACACAGGGGAAACUUCCAUAAUUCCUGGGCGAGUCAUUGAGAAGUGGGACUUUUCCCGCUAUCCUGUUGCCAACUUUUCCUACUCACUGUUGGAGAAGAUGUGGCAGGAGCCGCUCUUCCACGUGGAUACAAUAAAUCCAUCAUUAUACAAGCGGGUCAGAGGGUUGGAUAGUAUCCGAGAGUGUCGGCAGCAGAUAGUUCAUCUGCAUUCCUUGUUAGCCAUCUGUAAGCGGGAUCCAUUGUUGUUGAAGGAAAUGCAUAAGAUGCCUUCCCAUUGGAUCAGCAAUGAUGAUGUUUAUUCCAUGGAUGACUUUAUCCAG